AUGUUUCAACAACCUGGUUAUAUUGAGAAUGUGUCAAUGGGACUGUCAGAAGUUCUUGCUGAUAUAGGGGUGAGUGAGAGAAUUAUUCUAAAGAGAAGAAGAACAUGGCUACUGGUGGAAUCUAUAGAAACAAUAACAUCGCAACUAGAGGAUGAGGACCUUCCAUCAUACUUCUUAGGUAGUCAGUGUGAGGGAACAACCACACAGGGACUAAAGUCAGACAUUGAUCAACUUUUAUGUGCUAAUGACUUCAAUCUGAUACAAGACUGGGCUGACUGGGAACCUGGUGUACGGAAUUUCUUGAUGAUCCAGGAUGAGACUAUAUCUUCUGGUUAUUGUCUACUACAACGCCUGAGACGUGAUGCUCCUCUUCCUUCCAAUGAUGUAACUAACAGGUAUCAAUUCAGAGACAGAACAGGAAGAAUAUUGUUAAAGAACACAAUCAUGUCAGAAUCAGCAGCUGAAUUUUAUGGGGAUGGAGUAAGACAUGGUCCAGCAUAUGCACGCCAAGGAUCACCUGGGAUUAUAGAUAAUGAUACUGUUCCUGCUGUCCCCUGUAAAACAUGGUCUCUACAAGCUAGGCAAUGGUUAGACCAGCAAGGUGUGGGUCAGUGGCCUUCAAAUGGCAUGAAGAGGUAUUGUAGAAGUACUGAAUGUUUUGUUGUAGCUGUUGGAAGCAAGGGCAGUGAAAAUGAAGAGCUGGAAUGGAGAAUAUUGACAUCUCUAGCAGAAAGGUGUUUAACAUUCAAUCUCAAUAUUACACAGAUUCGCUGUUAUAUUUUGAUGAAGAUGAUAGUAAAAACCUUCAUAAAAGCACAUUUUGAAGACACCAUUUCAAGUUUUAUGUGUAAAACAGUUCUGUUCCACUGUAUUGCAAAUACACAUUCUAAUGUCUGGAGAGACAAUAACUUACUUGUUUGUCUUUCAUUGUGUUUAUUUGUCCUGUACAGCAGUAUUUUAAAUGAAUAUUGUCCACAUUUUAUCAUACCUGGAAACAAUUUGAUGAGAGGACAUAUUCCUCAUGAAUCUAAACCUUACAUUCUUGAAAUACUGCUGUAUAUUAUAAACAGUGAAGGGAGAGCAUUACUGGAGAUUGAAUGUGAUGCUCUUGGUGCAAGGAUUUGGCUGAAGUCGAGUUAUUUUCUCUCAUUCAAAACAAAUGAUAUCAUUUCUGGACAGUUAUUACAAAUAACUGCUUUCGCAGUUGAUAAGAACCUACAGAAAUAUCUAAUUUCAACAAAAAACAGUUGCUAUACAGAAGCUAUACAAACAUUGCUGAAAUCUAUUAUCAAACUACUCAUUAUUUCUAAUCAAUGCCAAGGAUUGGACAAAACAGCUUGCAGCCUUAUGGCUCCAUGGUACUGUACAACCCUUGGGUCUAUCCUGGCAUCCAUUAACAUACACCAAUACAAUGCUGUAUCAGCAGAUGCUUUUACCUUGACCACACUGGGUCUGAACACAGAUGUUUCAUCUAGUAAACUGAAGCUAGCAUCCAUGUUAUACUGUUUAGGGGAUGCUCAAAGAACAGAAAUUGUUCUCGGAGAUAUUGAAGGAAGCUAUGAUCUAAAUAGUGUUAAGCCUGUUUGUUGUUGCCAUAACUUCGCCAAGCAAGCUGGAAGAAGAGGAUUCUGGGCAAUAUAUGACAAUCAUAAUGAAGAAGCUUUACAGAACAGUACAGCACUCUGUGUCAGAUUUCUGCCAUGUGAAAUUAACUGUGUUCCACGUGAGCUAAGACAGGAAAUGUAUAGAUCUACACAAGAGGACCUUGCUUUCAGAUGUAGAAAUGAACUAUGGAUGGACUUGGCAGUGGUGGAUUCUCUCCCUUACCUUUACUUCCUACAAUACAAGACCUACAGCUAUCUUGGGAGAGAGGAAGAUCAGCAAAGAGCUCUUAUGAAUCUUGUGAGAACCAUUGACCAGGAACCAAACCUUGGACACAGGGAAACAGCCCUGAAUCUACUGGGACAGUGUAUGGAACAGAAGUACCAAGCUAGAGAUGCUUUGCGCUGUUAUUUAUUAUCACUAAGUGUAAGGGAGAGAAACAAUGCUGCCAAGUUCCAUAUCUGUACACUUUUAUCAAAUAUCAUAAGUAACUAG